AUGGCGGCGGACGGCGCCCUGCGCCACAGCCCCAGCGAGCGCGAGCACGGUUUCCAGCAGCUGCUGGUGCCUCUGCCACCAGGGCUGCGGGACCUGCCAGCGCUGCUGCGGAGCGGGCUCACCCUGCGGUGGAAGCGUGACGUCGCUGUGGGCCCGGUGAGUGGCCGGGUUCUGCGCAGCCAGAGUGGGCGUGGGUGGCGCGCGCGUGGAGCCCACGCCCACCCUCAGGGAGGCCAAGGAGGGCAUCUGGAAGUUGGGAAGGUGCCGGCGGUGGAGCCUUUGUGCCGGCCUAGGCAGAAGAGGGGCCCGGGAAGACAGGGUCGCGGGGUGACCCCCGCGGAGCGGCAUUUUCCCUUUACCUUAGAUACACCUGACUUAUCCCCAGAGCACCUGGAUUCUAGCUGCGGGACCCUGAGCAUCGCCUGA